CCCUCUCCCACUUUCACGUUCGCUUUUUCCGACACUACCUACGCAUGCCUCAGACACAUCGCAAUCAAGGACACAGCACGGUUGUCGCCCUUUUACACCACUAGGCAAGCAUGAACGCUGCCGGCUUUUCCACCGGCAGCGGCCCUAGCAGCGGCAGCAACAUGCUCAUCGAGGAUGACGCCGCUCGCCAGACACGCGAAGCGGCGCUCUUCGAACGCUUCCAGCAAGUCUUCUCACGUGCGACGCUGCCGAGCCAGCAGCGCGAUGCCAAGUCCCGCUGGACCAGCCGCCACCUACCCACGCUCAACCAGCUGCGGUCCGAUGGCGUCAACGGGGAGAUACAGCUGCAUGAUGGUAGGCUAAGAAGCCUGUAUUGGAAGCUUUAUUUUGACCACCUGCCUCUCCUAAAGGAAUCCAAGAAUGGUGACCCGCUCUCUCCUACCCCAGAGCAAUCCGGCAGCAGCUGGAGCCACACCAGUACCAGCGCGUGGUCAGACACCUCGUUACUCCUAGCCCCCACGGCCUCAGGUCGCACCUCUAGUCCCUUCGACGAUGCUCCAUCACCGAACGCAUCAAGCACAUCGUUUCCUACUGCGCCCGCCCCUCCUCCCCUUGGCCGACCUUCUUCCUGGUCCAGAAGGAACCACCGCCUCCUCUCCUCGUGGCAGCAGCAGUGGCUCGUGACAAUUGCAAAGGAACGGACACAUUACGCGCAGUUGAGGCGUCAUCUUCUCAGCAACCCCGGCAAUCCGACCAGCGUCGGUCCAGAAAACGAUGGAAAUGACAACUACGAACAAGGCGGUGCUGCUAGCAGACAGCGCGGACAACUUCAAGGCGAUGUGGGCUUGCACCCACGCUCGCCUCACCCUGAGAGCCUGACGCCUAAAGCUGCGUAUAUGGGCUUUGAUAGAUUUGAUCUUCAGCAGCAGCAGAGGCUAACAGCAGGCGAUGGCGGCCCUGCUGUUAACCAUGCCUUCGGUGGACACUCCUCGCAGCAACCAUCGUCGCCGAUGUGUUCAGAUUUGAGCAUCAACAACCCCCUCUCCCUAGCAUCCAGUAAUCCAUGGAAGAGGCAUUUCACCAGCAUGGAGCUCCUCGCAACCAUCGAGGCCGAUGUGAAGCGCACCUUCCCAGAUGUUAGCCUCUUCUCUUGCGCCAGUGAUGAAGCCGACGACGAUCAAACGAAUACUGAGCUUGCUGCAGAAGGAGGAGGCUACGCAGCGGAAGAGCAGGCCAUUCGCCAAGCGGUGCGAAAAGGACUGACGAACGCGCUGUUCGUAUGGUGCUGCAUCCACCAGGACGUUGGGUACCGGCAAGGCAUGCACGAACUCGCUGCCACUUGCUACUAUGCUCGCUGGAAGGACAGGAUGCGCGUACUCACCAAGAAUGACAUCACUGGUACUACCAGUGCCAGCCGCCGACGCACUGACUCUUUACCACCGCAUAGCAACGGUAGCAACAUCAGUGAGGAUGCAGCGCUGGGAGCCAAGAAGGACGCGGCGGUGGAUGAAUUCCUGCGAACCAUGCUGGACGAAGCAUUCGUCGAGCAUGAUGCGUAUGCGCUCUUCAACUCGCUCAUGCUUGGCGCCAAGACGUGGUACGACUGGCGCCAGCCGUCGUCCCCCACGCUCAGCGGACCUGCGUCGUCUGACAGUUCCUCGUCUUCAACGUCACCCUCCGUGCUGGGGACGACUGCCGCGCCGAUCGUGCUGAAAGCGGAGCGGAUCUUCUCGCUCCUGCGCGCAGUCGAUCCAGCGCUCGCCUCGCACCUCUCCGAGCUUGGCAUCGAGCCGCAGCUCUUUGCGCUGCGCUGGGUCCGCCUGCUAUUCACGCGCGAGUUUCCGCUCGAAGAGGCGCUGGAGAUGUGGGACGGCAUACUGGCGUAUGACGGCCUACUCGACGGGAUCGACGACGGUCCGGAGCUGGGAGAGCAUCAUUCGGUGACGGGACAGAGCGGGCGCGAGGGUGGGGCGGAUGGGAAGCGCAUGCUCGUCCUUGUCGAUCAUGUCUGUGUCGCUAUGCUUCUUCGGAUCAGGGCUCACCUUCUCGCGGGAGGGUAUAGCAGUGCUCUGCAGAAGCUGCUGCGCUAUCCGGCUCUUCCACAACCGAAACUUUCAGACAUGAGUGCACCAGGAGCAGCAGCAGACGCUGAUGAAGAGCGCGAACCUGGGCAGCACACGGGUUUGCUCGUGCGUCAGGCUAUCACGAUCCGUGCAACGCCCAACCCGACUACAGGCGUUCAAGUGGUUAUUCAGAACAGGGACAAGUUGGGCAUCGAUAUGGUCGUCGAACCUUCAAAUGACGACACGUCCCCGCAGCUGCAGAGAUGUGUGCGGCCUGGCGGUCGCCCCUCGGCUGCUCGGACAGUUGCCAGCGGCAGGACGUUUGGGCAGCGGCCUGGACUAGGAGCAGGCAUGUUUGGUGGCCCGCUGCGGGUGCAAGAAGCGCCAACAGCUGGUGCUGCGCGACAUUCUUCUACCCCGCAGCAGCAGCAACUACAACCAACCUUUCCCUUUUCACCUACUACGUACUUCCCGGAGGGCAUCAGCGACCUUGCCAAAGGCCUCUAUGAGCGGUCUGACGCACUCGGCAUCAACCGCGCUGUCGGGAACGCUAUGUCAAACGUCAAUCGCGCGGUCAAUGCAUACACAGCUGCCGGUACCGGCCGUGGGCACACUCGACCGGGCGGCGAUGGAUUUCCACCGCUCGUGGAUGAUAUUGCGAGUCGCAGGCUCAAGACGCUCGGCAAGAACCCGGCUGAUGCAAAUGCCGCGAUCUCUGCGCUUCAUCAGUCAAAUCAAUCUUCAGGUUCUGAUGCAAACGCAUUAUCUGCUGAGCUUUCAGCUCUGAAAGGGGCCAACAAGGCCAUGGGCAUCGCGAUUGCCUCGUGCGUAGAAACUCUGGAGCUUCGCUGGAAGAACGGGCCUGGUCCUCUGCCACGUGCGGAAGAGCGGAUGACGACCAGUGGCUCGGAAAAUCUCACACAGGACGACAUCUCCACACUCAUGUCCAUCACCGCACUGAAGCACAUUCGAGAUGUGCUGCUUGGCACCGCCAAAGAGUACGACCCGGCGAUCUUGGGCUCUGCCGCCGCAGACACGACAACACAACCCAAAUCUGAAACGGGCCCCAACUCUGCACCUGCACCUGCGCCCAAACCCACCUCUAACAAGCAAUUUUCUGCCGCGCCACCAAUAGACGCAGGUCUGGCGCCCGGCACCCCGUCCACCGGCCUGCCACGUGUGCCCAUGAGCUCACAGCAGUCAUCUCCAGGUCUAGUUUCGGGAACAGACAUUUCUGUCAGGUUGCCGAAUGCACUUGAGCAGAACAGAAGAGGCUCUUCAAAUUAUGUUCAAAAUGCGACUACCUGCUCGCUGUUACCGAGCUCAGUGCCAUCCAUGGCCGCACAAAGCAGCCUUCCGAGUUUGACGCGCUCCCAGUCGCCGUUGGCAUCGCCCGAGGAGCCGCUGACUGCAGCUAGCUUUACUAGUGCUAGGUCGAUGCAGUCUGUUUUGGACUCCGGCGUCGAAACGCUUAUAGUAGAGACAGGCCCGCUGGGCCGACAGCCCAACAAUCCUCAUCCACCCGGUAUGCUUGUCUCUGACCCAUUGGGGGUAAUUUAGAUUCGCGCGCGACAAUGUCAUGCUGAAGGCCAGGCGGCCAUUAAAGAU